GGAAAUUCAUCAUCCAUUAAAGUAAAAGAACAGUACAUUUUUAGUUGGACUUUAAGAUAACCUUUUCCUUUGUUAAUUUUAUCCCAACACCAACACUUCUUCCUUUUUCUCUGACUUCUCUGACGUCGCACCACUGUCUCCUCUUCCCCUUCCUCUCUCUCUCUCUCUCUCUCUCUCUUUCUUUUCCUAACACGCUUCCCAUUUAUGGUGUCUUUGUUUUUUAAUGAUCACCCUUAACACUCCACUCAACUUCAUUUCAACAUUUCCAUUACCACUACUUCAACUUCUUAUGCUGAUGUUGCAAGCAUUAACGGUUUUGUUUCAAGUCCUUCUAAAACUCAAUUCAUUUCUAUAUCAAAGGUUGCAUUGAGCGUUGAUUUUCCAAUUAUGAACAUUAUGUAAAUGCAGCAAAAGAUUAUUCGGACUUCACCAUUCUGGCAUUGCAUAUCUAGAAUGUAAUCUAGCUCUUCGCCUCAAAAUUUCAAUUCAACCAUGAACCCAGAAAUUGACCUUGAAGUGGAAGCUUUCUCUGAAAAUGAUUCUGAUGUUAGCAGCCAAGUAGCUUCCAACCUAUCAAACCAAGAAAAUUCUGCAACUCCCUCCAAUGACAGCCUCACUAACUCAUCCAAUCUCACUAAUCCUUUAGAGAUUCAAUCAAAUUCAGAUCCAGUUUUACUUGAUUUAACUCUUUGCUUCAAUAACAAUGAGUCAGGAGCAAGGGAUUCUGUAGGACUUUCAUUGUCGAGCACAAGUGAGAGUAGCAAUGAACCUGUCACUCAAACUACGGCAGCAGCCAUUCCGCGAGUGUUUUCCUGCAAUUACUGUCAUCGAAAAUUCUUCAGCUCCCAGGCACUUGGUGGCCAUCAGAAUGCACAUAAGAGAGAAAGAACACUUGCAAAACGAGCUAUGCGAAUAGGGAUAUUUUCUGAGAGGUACUCCAGCUUAGCAUCUCUGCCUCUUCAUGGCUCUUCCUUCAGGUCUUUGGGGAUCCAAGCUCAUUCAUCAGUGCAUCAACACUAUACACCACCCGUGCGAUCACCAGAUGUUAGGAGCAAUGCAAGAUUUGAACACAGGUAUCCUGGUCUCCCAAUAUUCGUGGAGGAUGAUGAGGCAGAGUUGUUAUGGCCAGGUAGUUUCCGUCAGGUAGCUGAGGCGGGCAAUACUCAUCCAAGUUUUACAGCAGCAGGAAGUUCAAGUAUGAAUUUUUUGGAAGUUGCUCCAGCAGUGAACUUGGAUAAUUCUGCACCUGAUCUCACACUCAAACUUUGACCAGUUUGUGUAUUCUUACUGGCUUUGGCAGCUCUUAUAUGUCAUUCUCUCUUUGUACAAAGAGAUGUGCAUGUGCCAGGAAGAGCCUUUUUAGUACUUUUCAUGUUGUAAUACUUAAAGCUUGCUAGUGUAUAAGGGCUUUGUAAGGGUUCUUCUAGAGCUCCUCUGCUUGUCAUGAUCCAUGUAAUUGACUGAUACUUUUGCAGAUUUGUCAAGUAGAUUGAAUAAAAGACCAUAAUUUCUUA